UUCUUGUACUGCCUUGCAGCGCUGAAGCGUGCUGCAAUGGAGCGGUACGAAACAGUUAAUUGUAGCUAUGUGCAAUAUCUAUUUCACAUAUAACUAUGAUUGCUUUAUCAAUUCCUUCAUUUAGGAAGCCUAGAAAUGACAAGGAAUAUACUGUCUACGAAAUUCACAUCACGAAGCCCAAUGGACGUGAAGUAACAACAGAACGUCGCUACAGAGAAUUUUACGAUUUCCAGAAACAAAUUAGCAAAAUUGUACACGAACCUCUUCAUUUUCCUUCAACGAAACUGCCAAAGCCUUUGAAUACAAGCUUACGAUUCUUGGAGUCGAGGAGAGAAGCUCUGGAGAAGUACUUAAGGAACCUUGUUUCUUUUAUUGGGAUUAGCGAAGUUCACAACCUUUUUUCGCAGUUUUUAGAGACUAGUCUACCACAACACUGUCACAAUUUGGAUUCCUCGCGAGCAAGUUCGAGUGAAGAGUUGGAUGCCUAUAACGAUGAGUUACCAAGAUUAACUCAUCAGCCAUUGAUGUGCUUCAUCAAUGAUCCCUUCAAAGACAACAAGGGAAACAACCCUCUGCCAGAUAUUGUUUUGCAAGGCACUCUCAAAGGCCUGUACGGAUAAAGUAAAGCCUUUAAUUGAGAUAAUCUUCAAACUGGACAAAGUAUUUAAUUUUAUUACUUUCAGGAGAAAUUGAUUGGUUCGUUCGAACUACGUUUUGCUCGAGGGGAGGCAGUGGUAGCAUAGAGAAAGGGGACCUGUAUUACUGGAACACGUCCAUUUUAGGAACCCAUAGUCUGUCUUUGACUGUUGCUUGCUCAUCUGAACAAACUUAAUGAAGCAUAGAUGUUUUAAGGUGCCUUUCAACAUCCUUGAGGUGGCUUUGCUCAAACUCUUUUCAUAAAGUCACUUUAAAUACUUGAAUGCCCUGAUUGGUUAAAAAACCUCUCAGUUAUUGCACAGUAAACCUCAAGUUAUUUUAUAGAAGCAACAGACCACACUUUUUAUUGAGUUACCUGGCACCAACCUACUUUGGAUGUUGGGAGAACACUUCAAAAGUUUGUAAAUUACUCGCCCCUGGCUUAUGAUUUAUAAACUUUUCUCAUAUUCUACCAAAAUUCUGAGUGGGUCAUUAUGCUGGUUUAUUAUAUGGCUGUGUCUCACAAGGACUCGGAACUACCAAAUUCACAAAUUCAAUAUUGAAAGCGGUCUAGA